GAGAAAAGAGAAGAAAAGGGUAGGGUACGGUGUCGUUUUUUAGUGAAAAACGUCCCCUUCACCAUUGCUCCUUCUUCCCCCACUCUCUCUCCGCCACUUGUACUCCGCCAUAGCUCUCACACCUCGACACGUUUCUCUUUUAUACCAUUCCUCCUUCUUUCUCUCUCAAACACCUUCUCUCUCUUGAUCCUUCUCUCUCUCUCUCUCUCUCUCUCUCUCUCUCUUUCUCUCUCUGUCUCUCCCUUAGGGUUUCUGCUCUGCUUACUGAUGAGCUUUGCUGCUCUCUUCUUUCUGCUUUGUUGAUCAGAGCAGUGUGGAAAAAAUACACCAAGUAUUGUGAGCAAUGGAUCAAUCGGAGCGUUCUCAGCAUCAGCAACAAUCACAGCAACCUGCAGGUGGUGUGGGUGCAGGCCAAUUACAAUAUUCUAAUCCUUACCAAACAGCUCCGAUGGUGGCUUCCGGAACUCCUGCUAUUACAAUUCCCCCAACUCAGCCACCAUCCAGUUUCUCCAAUUCUCCACACCAGCUUGCCUACCAGCAGGCUCAACACUUCCACCACCAGCAGCAGCAGCAACAACAACAACAGCUCCAAAUGUUUUGGGCAAACCAAAUGCAAGAGAUUGAACAAACAACUGACUUUAAGAACCAUAGUCUCCCUCUUGCUCGAAUCAAGAAAAUAAUGAAAGCAGAUGAAGACGUCCGAAUGAUUUCCGCUGAAGCACCGGUUAUAUUUGCAAAAGCAUGUGAAAUGUUCAUCUUGGAGUUGACUCUGCGAUCAUGGAUUCACACAGAAGAGAACAAAAGGAGAACUUUACAGAAGAACGAUAUUGCAGCUGCAAUUUCAAGGACAGAUGUCUUUGAUUUCUUGGUUGAUAUUAUUCCAAGAGAUGAACUGAAAGAGGAAGGUCUUGGAAUCACAAAAGCCUCCCUUCCCGUAGUUGGUUCCCCAGCUGAUCUUCCUUAUUACUAUGUUCCAUCCCAGCAUCCGGUGGGUGCUACAGGAAUGAUAAUGGGGAAGCAAUUAGAUCAAGCGAACAUGUAUGGUGCCACUGCACAACAGCCCCGACCAUCGAUGCCUUUCAUGCCAUGGCCGCAUACCCAACCACAGCAGCAACAACAAACUCAGCAGCAAAGUGAUGGAUAGUUAUAAGUAGUAGGUGGUUUCAAAACCGUCAUGAUAUGAUUUGAUAGAGGCGAUACUGAGUGACUUUGAAUGUGUCUACUGUCUAGUUUAGUUCAUAAAAGAAUAGCUCUUGUAGAGAACUUGUCAAUGAUGACAAGUUGGAGUUGAGUUUGUAUGAUGAGAGGGUGUGUUUUAUCUCUUAUUACUCUUAAUUAUCUAUUACUGUAAUGUACAACAGUGUAUGUGGAAUAGGUUCCAACUUUGCCCAAAAGAAACUAUAAUUUCAAUUU